AUGACCCAAGAGCCGCUAGUGACCCAUAUCUACACCGCAGACCCUUCAGCGCAUGUCUUUGAGGGCAGGAUCUAUGUCUACCCAUCUCAUGAUCGCGAAACAGACAUCCAAUUCAACGACAAUGGCGACCAGUACGACAUGGUCGACUACCACGUCCUCUCGCUCUCGCAGGUCGGGGGCCCCGUGACCGACCACGGCAUCGCCCUCCAAGCCGACAACGUCCCAUGGGUAUCGAAACAACUCUGGGCCCCCGACGCGGCGACCAAGAACGGCAAAUACUAUCUCUACUUCCCGGCCCGGGACAAGCAGGGGAUCUUCCGCAUCGGUGUCGCCGUCAGCGCUGUGCCUGCCGGACCAUUCCUUCCCGACCCCGAACCUAUACCGGGAAGCUAUAGUAUCGAUCCAGCGAGUUUUGUGGACGACGGGGAUGGCCAGGCGUAUCUAUACUUCGGAGGCCUCUGGGGCGGUCAGUUGCAAUGCUGGUCGACGGAGCAUGGCGCCGACUGUGGGACUGAAAGUAAAAGUGAAAGUGAAGGAGAAAGAGAAAGAGAAACCAGAUUCGACGCAUCAAAGGCUGGACCCCAAGAGCCCAAAGGUGUCGACAAACCGGCCCUGUUACCCCGUGUCGCGAAACUGUCGGAGGACAUGCACUCAUUCGCGUCGUCCGUCCUGGAGAUUGAGAUCCUCGAUCCGGAAACAGGCAAAUUACUCGCCGCGGACGACCAUAAUCGACGCUUCUUCGAGGCCGCGUGGAUGCACAAGUACCGUGGGAAAUACUAUUUCAGCUACUCCACGGGUGACACGCAUUACGUGGUCUACGCGAUCGGCGAGAGUCCGUUGGGCCCGUUCACUUACGCGGGACGGAUUCUCGAGCCUGUGCUGGGCUGGACGACGCAUCAUAGUAUCGUCGAGUUCGGGGGCCGCUGGUGGUUGUUUUAUCAUGACUGUACGCUGAGUCGAGGCGUGGAUCAUUUGAGGAGUGUCAAGAUGCGGGAGAUUGUUUAUGAUGAGCAGGGCAAAAUCUCUUUGAAGGAGAAACAGUGA